UCAAAACAUGGAAGUAGGAAAUUCAAAACAACACAGUUCAUUCAAGCGACCGGAGUGAAAAGUGUUUUGUUCUAUUUUUACCGUUUAUUUCGCGACAUUAUUCUUGAAGUAUCGAUUCUUUUAUUGGGAAUGUUCUAAUUAUUAAUGGAUCGUACUUGACCCUGUUAUUUCGAAAUUCAUCAACAUGUGUUAUUUGGAUUUGGAUACAACCAGCUUCUUAGAAAUUCGUUCUAGUUAGAUUUUCGGCCUAAUGGUGUCGCUUCUCCUGAAAAAUGUCAAUCAGUGGUUAUACAUGCAUACGGAUAGUAUUUUGUUGGAUCAAUGUAUUAUUCUGGAUUACAGGAUGUGGAUUAUUAGGAGUAGGACUAUGGCUACGGAUAGCAUACGAAGGAUACGCAUCCCUUCUACCUCAGUAUGCCUUACUUAGCGCCGAUUCUCUAGCUAUAGCAUUCGGAACCAUAACCUUUAUAUUUUCGUUCUUCGCAUGCUGUGGUUCAUGGUUCCAAAACAGAUGCAUGCUAAUAACUUAUUUUUGUUUAGUAGUAUUCAUCUUUCUACUAGAAUUCGUAUUUGGAUCUGUAGCCUUCGUCUUCAGAGAAAGCUUGAAGCACACGUUGAGCGAAGAAUUACAAAAUGGUCUUCUGCACCAUUACAAUAUGACGUCACAAGGGCCGAACAGUUUGGUUCAUAUUUGGGAUAAUAUCCAAACAAAGUUUGGAUGUUGUGGCGUCAAAAGUUACGAAGACUGGUAUAUGAUAGACGCCUGGCCAGACGAGAAAUGGGUACCAGAUUCCUGCUGUCUACCUGCCAAUUUCGACGCGAACUGCGGAAAAAUCAGGGAUGGAGCUAUUUAUACGCAAGGUUGUUACGCCCAAAUUAAUAACUUUUUUAUUAGAAGACUGGACAUUAUUGGGUUUGUGGGAAUUUUGAUCGCCUUUUUUCAACUGUACGGUCUAAUAUCGUCGAUGAUACUCUUCUGUACCGUCAAACAUAAAAGGGCAUCAAGGACUUACAAAUCCUAUUCAUAACACAAAGUGAAAAAUGUUGGUAACAUGUGACGUUAACCCAC